AUGUUCACCGGGAUGCGGACUGAGGACUGCGAGGACUCGGGGAUCCUGGAUGCUGCAGCUCUGAGGCAGCAGAGGAGACUGAAGCAGGCGAUCCAGUUCCUCCAUAAGGACUCGGCGGAUCUGCUGCCUCUGGAUGGACUGAAGAAGCUGGGGACAUCCACACAAGGGCAGCCGCAUCACAUCCUACAGAAGCGCCUCCUCGAAGCCAAGAUGUCUCGGGGGAGGAUAAGCAUGUGUGGAGUAACAACACCUAACAACAACAACGCUGUCCUGUUGACCCGCAGUCGUUCAAAUUCACAUGGGGACGAGGAAGAGGAGGAGGAAGACUUCAUCUAUGUCCCCUGCCAGUGUUUAGGGCAGCAGGUGAAUGUGUUGAUUGACACGGGCUGCAAGCUGAAUCUGAUGUCCUCUCUGACUGUGGAGAGAUUAGGUUUGAAAGAUUUGAUCGAGGAGAACAAACUGGAGAUGGACGGCUUUCCAUUACAGAGGAAACUCCACAUUGACGGUCACAUCGAGGAACUCAGCCUGAACAUCGGACAGCUCAGGAUAAUGUGUUCCUUCGCUGUAGUGGAUAGUAACAAGCCACUGAUGUCUCUGGGCAACAAGACAUUAAAGUCACUCAAGUGCGUAAUUGACACUGAAAAUCAGAUGUUGGUGUUUGGAAGAGCCAUGAGAGAGCAAGUUCAGUUUGUUAAGAAGCCAAUCAAUGAAAGCACUUUCUCCGACUACAGAAACCUGUAA